AUGGCAGCCGUACAGGAACUCGCAAUCCGGGUUAAGAUGGAAACCAUCUAUGUUGAUACAGACGUCGGCGUCGACGACGAAACCGCAACUGGCGCAGAAUCGAAGCCGUACAAGUCCUUGGCCUAUGCUUACAUCCAGCACGAUGGCAGCGACGGAGGCAGAACAUACAAGUCGCGCGCAUCUACCACGGGGCCUGUAUCUGCAGAUGGAGAUCCAGCAGAAAGACUUGCCUGGAAGGAGCCCGCAAAGGCUGCACAAAAGAAAGCCCAGGGCGCAUUGGAUGCUCACAAGAAAAAGCUAGUGAAACAACAACAAGCUGCCGCACAGGAGGAGGAGAAGGAGAAGGCACGCCUAAAGACUCUUGAGGAUGCAAAGAAGAUUGUCCUUACCGAAGACUCGAGCCUGCCAAAGGCUGUCAAAAUUACAAUUGGGGAUAAGAACAUCGAGUUAGGUGAGGGAGAGGUCAAGGGAACUCGAGUCAAGGUUUCCGGGCGGAUACACAGAUUACGACAACAAAAACAAGCAACCUUUCUCACCCUGAUUGAUGGAUAUGGUCACCUCCAAUGUGUGCUUACUGGCAACUUGACCAAGACCUAUGAAGCUCUUACGUUCGCCCAAGGCACGUCUCUGGCCCUCUGCGGUGAGAUGCGCAAGGUCCUUGCUGGCCAAACUGCUCCAGAUAACCGCGAGCUUCAUGUCGACUUCUACAAGGUUAUCGGCGCUAGUCCUUCAGAUGCGGAUGCUAUUACCAACAGAGUCUCGGCUCAACAAGAUCAAUGGGAGUCAGCCAUGCUGGAUAGCCGUCAUUUGGUGCUUCGGGGAGAUACCGCAUCGUCUGUUAUGAAGGUUCGGUCUGCAGUUGAGUGGGCUUUCGCAAAGGCAUACAAAGAGCUGCGGUUCACUAAGAUCAGCCCUCCGGCUUUCGUCCAAACCCAAGUAGAGGGUGGAUCUACACUUUUCGAACUUGAUUACUAUGGCGAGAAGACAUAUCUGACCCAAUCCUCCCAACUCUAUCUCGAGACCGGUCUUCCCAGUCUUGGAAACGUUUACUGUAUUGAAAAGUCGUUCCGUGCAGAGAAGUCUUUGACUCGUCGUCACUUGUCUGAAUAUACACAUGUCGAAGCCGAGCUUGACUUUAUCGAUUUUGAUGAUCUGUUGGACCACCUGGAAGAGAUGAUCAGCAGAGUCAUCACCACAAUUCUGGACGACAAGGAGAUUGCCGGCUAUAUCAAGGAGCUCAACCCCGAGUUCACGCCUCCGACGAGACCAUUCAAGAGAAUGAGAUACUCUGACGCCAUCGACUGGCUCAACGCCCAAGAUCCCCCUAUCCUCAACGAAGAGGGCAACCCCCACGUCUUCGGGGACGAUAUCGCUGAGGCUGCCGAGCGCAGAAUGACCGAUAUCAUCAACCUACCAAUCCUCCUUACCCACUUUCCAGUGGAGAUCAAGGCUUUCUACAUGAAGAAAGACCCACACGAUCCUCGAGUCACCGAGAGUGUUGAUGUGUUGAUGCCAGGUGUCGGCGAGAUUGUCGGAGGAUCGAUGAGAAUGGAGGGGUACGAGGAGUUGAUGGAUGCGUACAAGAGAGAGGGUAUCUCGCCCAAGGAGUACUACUGGUACACCGAGCAGCGAAAGUAUGGAACUUCUCCCCACGGAGGUUACGGAUUGGGUCUCGAGCGAUUUAUUGCGUGGAUCUGCAAGCAACACUCUGUUCGCACGUGCUGCUUGUAUCCUCGAUUCAUGGGCCGCUGCAAGCCUUAA